CAUGUGGCUGUGGACAUUCCAAUGUGCAUCAAAUGCACUGUUCCUCAGAGUGAAUGCAAAUGGCUGCCAGUGAAAGUUUACAACGAGUCAAGUCGGAGCAUUUAUUUUAAUGUUUAUUCUACAAAUUUGAAGGUUCACCAUCUGUGAUUUUGUGACCCAAGUAAUUGUUGAACUUCUCAAUGAUGAAGACAUUCCACUCAAGAUGGCCUGGGAUGGUGGCUGAUUUUUUUAUGCUGAAGUGAAUAUCCACAUUGUGAGAAUGCCGUGAAGAGAAUGAGUGUACCAAGAAGAAGAAAUAGUGUCUGAGUCAAAGACAUUGUGUUCAAGACAUUUUAGUGUUAAAUUUUCCUGAAAAAAUGUGUGUUUAAGUUAAAAUGCUGGUCAAAUGCCAGAAAUCGCAAGUGGAAGUGAAGAUGACAGGUGCGGUUGUAGCUACCCUUUUAGGGUUGGCAACGCUGAGCUUUACCUCAGCAAUGAGUGCUGGUGCCAUGGUGUCAGUUUUGGACCUAAGUGAACAAGAGCAGGAUAUAGCAGCUGUUUUCAACAAGGUUGCAUAUGGAGGAACAACUACAACUAAGCGCAGUGUUAAUCCAAACAAUGCGCCGCCCCCACCACCAUCAGCUCCGGCUCUUCCAACUGCAGCUUCACCUCUGACAAUUGCAUUGGUGCAGUCAACUACAACAGAGUCGAACCUUUCUCCUGCACCAACCAGCCCUAGCAAUCAAGACUUGCCUCCUUAUGCACCUCCAAGCAGGGUAUUCAUCACACCACCGCUGCCUCCCGAGUAUGUGGACCAAUUUGCUGAUAAACCUACUUUGAGAGGUAGCAACUCGGAUGGUCCCAACACAAUGGCAAGAAGACCGCUUCCACCACCACCACCACCGUACCGUGCUCCUCCAGAGGAAGAACGCAUUCCAAUCCGUCCACCAGACUUGGCAGUUCCUCAUGCCAAGAAAAAGGCCUUGAACACUCCAAGUUUUAAUAGGGUAGCUCAAGUUGCCUAUGCUGAAUUGGCAACUUCUACCGAAAGCACAAGCCCUCGAUCAAGCAAUGAGACUGAUUUUGACUUUGUUCCAAUUCUUCAUUACUCAAGUGUUUCCCGCAUCUUAUCCGGAAGCAGUGGCAGAAGACAUGACUUUCCUGACAUUAUGAGUGCAAGCCGUCCUAAGCAAGAAGAAGUGAACAAAUCUCCUCGUACUGUGCAAGAUAUGCCACAACCAACAUUCAAGUCUGAUCCUAUUCGUCAGACUACCACUGAAUCCACCAGAGAGCCAACCCAGAGCUCUUUCAGACCAGAAAUCAAAACAACCACCAUCACACCCUCAACCGAAAGAGCUACCACCAUCAGAACUACUUCUACUACUAGCACUACAACUACUACCCCACCAACCAUUGACAUGGGAUUUAAACGAGCCCAUAGUCGUGUUUCAGAAAUGUCAUCUGACGAUCACAAUCCUGCUCCUCCCCCUCAGCCGCCUCUACAAACACGUUUCAGGGAGCAUUCAGAGAGUGUCAUCCAUCAUGCAUUCCCUGACACCACGCAGCAAAUGAGGCCAAGUGCAAGGCAAGUUCUAGGAGCCGCAUGGGAUGUUCAUGUGUAUACAGUUGCUGUAGCAUUUGCUCUUUUGACAGUUUACUGUAUCUUUGCCCUACUACGCCUUAAUGGUGGCAAAAGGUUACUUCCUCGUGGAUACUUCCUUUCACUUCAUGGAUUACUUGCAACUAUUGGAAUUCUUCGUUGUGGGUUCCUUUCAUAUGAUGCAUACAAUUCUGGGCAUUCAUUCCCAGAGCCUAUUUCUCAUUUAAUGCUCAACAUUGUUUUUCCACUUCUUGCCACAGCCUUUGCACUUGUGUUCUUGUUUUUGUUACGAGCAUGUGAGGUCCACCUAGGCUCGGGUAGAUUCCAAAGCCCUGCUAUGCUGACAGCUUCUGUUGCCCUGUAUCUUGUUGUAUGUGUCACUUUAGAUCUUUCUACUGGACUGGCCCCCAAUUCAACACUAUUAACAGUUGCUUGUCAGUGUUUGUUCAUUGUUGUUUGUCUAGGAUUGGGCUUAAGUUACAUGUAUGUUUACAAAAUGCUCUCCUCUGCUGCUGCUCGCAAGCCUGGACUUGCCCCUCUACUUCAGAGAACCUCACUGGCCCAUGCUGUGCGUUCAAUGCUAGCUACAGCUUUGUUGGCAGUGCUAAUGGCUGCUGUACAGCUGUAUGGCAUGUUAGGAGUGUAUGAGACUCCAGGUGAUAAUCAGCCUCAUCCUUGGCUGUGGUGGGGCUUUCAGUUCUCAGUGAGAGUCAUAGAGAUUGCCAUGUGUGCUCUCUUGUGUUGGGCUGGCACUCAGCCUCCCAGCCAUUGUAAUCCACAUGAAGAUGACAAAGAGACUCAGAGUCAAAAUUCAUCAUCAACAGCAUUUGCACUUUUCUCAUGUGGUGGUGAUGCAGCUCAUGCCAAUCGCAAUGAUCCAGUAGAUGACAUCUAUCCAGCAGUUUGUGCUACCCAAGCAGGGUAUCACUAUUCUUUGAGGUCUGGUGGCAAGAUAUAUGACAAUGCAUACCCUUUGAAUAAUAUUCAACCAAUGUCUCCACAAGAGGCUGCAUUAGGGUAUGGGCCUGAACGCCAUUCUCUCAAGAAGUAUGCCCCAAGAGGAGGCUUACCUAAUGAUAGCCCUAGUGUUAUGAUUAAGUCUGCUAAUGAUGCGCUCUUAUCAUAUCCCUCUGUAAGAAGGGGGCCACCACCACCUCUACAUAGGGCUCAACCAUCACCCUCAAUGCUUGUAGCUGAGGAUGGUUUUGUCCGCUUUAGGUCCCUUGCAGAUGCAGAGCAUGCUCAUGCUGGCCCCCCAGAGAUGGUGCAUCGGUCAAGUCUAUCAAGGAAAGCCCCACCUGUACAUCCUUCACAGCAAGAUUAUGCAUCAUAGCGUAGGAGCUCGGAUAACAAAUUAAUGUAAGCUUUCUGGUGAUAUAAUUGUAUAUGUAAGGUUCUGGAACAUUGCCAUUAUCUCUCUGAGGACCUUUGGGCCAGUCAGUUUUGGUGUUCUGUCAUUAAAGGUAAUUCUUCCUUUGUUUCUGUGAUUCAUUAUUAUUGAAUUGAAUGAAUAUUUGAAGAGCGCUUCCUGCUCUCUGUACUUCUAAACUAAUUAUAUGAAACUUAAGCUUUCAUAAUCUUGUUACAUCAUCAUAUUAGUCUUUACUUAUAUAUUUUUCUUGUGAUAAGUGUCAAUUACCCACUUUCCUGAAUUCGUAAAUUCCUUUUUAGGCGGGAUCAUUCAUUUAUUCAUUGCUAAAAACAGUGAAGUUUUACUCAUGACCGACAUUCCUGACUGGUUUAUGCAUUGUACAUAUUUUUGUUAAUAGAAUUUAAAUCAUGUUCCUUUUAUACAUAAAUAUAAAUAUAUGCAUAUAUAUUUACAUACAAAACAUAAUUUAUAUUAUACAUUUUAUAAAUAUAUACAUAUAUUUUUUGUCAACUUUUCACCACGUUUUCAACUUUUGCAAUCUGUUUGUUCAGAUUAUAUUGAUGCGUAUAUACAGAAUCUACUAGGGCAUAUCAUUGUUUCCUAUUAAUGCAGGAUGUAUUAACAUUCAAGUGAUCACAACUAUUUUUUUACUUGGUGUCCAUGUGUUCAUAAUAUGAUGGAGACUGAAAGUGUGGAGGGAGAAGGGGUGCCUUUCUAAAGACUACUGACUUUUAUAGAAGAAUUUUCUUUUGUGGUUUUUGUAACCAUUUGACUGUUUUUUGUAUUGUACUCUGUACUUGUCUCCUAAUUAUUUAGGAAAAGCUUCCAUGUUUUAUCCUUUUUAAUUUUUUGUAGUUGCAAUGUGCAUUCUUUAAACUAAAUUAACCAGUUUUUAUGGGCCACAAGACUUAAAAUACUCUAUGGUGCUAGCCUAUUUUCAUAGACCAAUCAAUAAGACAGUUAUUUUCUUAUUCUGAUAUUUCUCAUGUCCAUGACAUUUGCACUGACUGCCAGAGAUUUUCUUUUUUAUUGAAAUAAUAGGGAGGACACAUUUCCCUUUCUGACUGUGUAUAUUGUAAUUAUUUUAUUAGAGUCACAAAUGACAUUUGUCAACCAACUAUGAGCUUUUCUUGAAACAAGCUGUUUUUCUACAUGUUGGAAUCAAUAAGUAUUCUUGUUUAAUAUUUGUACAUAAAAAAAGGUUGUUUAUUACUCUCCAUAGCUAUGGAUUGUGAUUGUAUUAUUUUGUACAGUAUUAUGUUGUAGCUUUUCCUUCCUGCAUAUUUUUUCUUUGCUUUAGUAACAGCAAUAUCUCAUCUCAUAAACUUGUAGGAGUGUAUUUUUUUCAUUUACAUUUAUGUUUAAUGAAUAAGUUGGGGUGCAGAAUUCAGUCUGGCCUCAUUAAAAUCUUGGUCAACUUGAAGUAGUCAACAACGUUUAUUGCAAAACUAAUGCUUUGAAACUUCUCUGCUCCUUAACUUAUUUACGCAAAUUGGGCCAUUUCUGUCUCACUGUGAUCAGAUAUUUGAGUGUGUCAGUGAGUGUGUGUGUGUGACUAUUUGUUUGAAAGAGAAAGAAUGAUUGAUGUGUUAUGAGAAUUUAUAAAUUUAAUAGCAAAAUUAGUUCUUAUUUUUCCUCUUUCAGUCCCUUCUUUUGUUAUUACUUGGCAAAUUGUUUGUGAAGGAGAAUUUUCAUUUAAAACUUGCUUCAUAUUCUUUUUAUAGUGUUUUAAUCCUUAUGUAUCGAGUGCCAAGUCUAUGACACUGUAGUGUUGCGGGCUUGCCUACUCAAGGGUUGCGGUUGGAGGAGCAGGAAAACCCGCACACCCCAGGGUUGAUGUCUUGAAAUAUGGUACUACUCAGCCAGUGGACUUACAGUUUUGUUGAAAAUGUUCUUUGGUUUUGUAAAUUGUUGAAGUAAGGAUUAUGUGAUUUGAACACCUCCAUCAUUCCUGUAACUGUUUUAGUCAUGGUAGUUUUCAUUCAUGAAAGUUUCCCCCACACAAGUGAAUUUGCCACUACCCAUUUCCCACAACUAUUUCUGUGAUCUCCUCUUUGACCUGUUUCCCUUUCCUUGUAGUUGCUUGAGAAAUCAUGAAUUCCAUAGCCCUUUUAUUUGUACAAAAAAGCAAUUUAAGAUUGCUUGUUCGUGAUCCAUCCAUUUAUUUAAGUGUAAAAUUUAAUUUUGAUGAGAGUUAUGUACGAAUCCAGUAAUCUAAUAGUGAUAAAAUGUAAUUACUCACUAGGGAUUUUGUAUAUUGUAAAUCAUCAGUAGACCGUCCACUAAGGUUAUUUGUGGCAAGUACUUACUCUCCGAUCCUCUCAAUGUAGGUGUCAAGACUGCUUUUCUUUUUUUACAAUAAACUAUUUUCAGUAAAAAAAAAAAA